CAUUUUUGCCGCUAAACUUGAAAGCAUUUCCUCUGCUUUUGAGUUCUUAGUGUGGAGCUUUGUAAAAACCAAAAGAAAAUUCCUCUGUUCUAAGAGAUUGAAGAACACAGCAGAGACGAAUCAAUAAUGCUUCUCCGUUUUCUUUUUCUUCUUCUUCCUCCGGUGAUUCUUUUCCCCGUAAUUUAGUUUCCACAAUCAGUUCUUUUCAGUUUCCGAUAUGGCCAAGUGUCAAAGAAACGACGUUGGAUCUGUAGUUUUUGACCGAGCUUCCACUUCCUCUCCCGCCGGCAGCCAUUUCCGCCUAUGCGCUCCCUUCUCCACCGCUUCAUUCCGUAGGAAGAUUUUUGACGCUGUUAGUUGUGGCGGAAGUUCCCGCUAUAACUAUCAUCACGACGGCAAUGUUGGUGGCGGCGAUGGUACUGUUUCCACAGCCAUUAAGUCUUUGUCCGAGAUUGUGAAGGAAAGGGAGGCAGCUGGGCCGAAACGAUCCAAUGCGAAGUCGGAGAAGUUGUUCGAUCUUCUUAAGUUGGAGUCGUCACCAGAAUCGAAACCGGAGACGAAGAAGAAGGAGGAGGUGCUGGAAGAGUUCAAAAGCGUGGUGAAGAAGUUGCAGGAUGAGGAUUUGGAGGAGAGGAGAGCGGCGGCGAGUGGAGUUAGGUUGCUUGCUAAAGAGGAUGCAGAAGCGAGAGGAACGCUUGGAAUGCUCGGAGCCAUUCCGCCGCUGGUUGGAAUGCUUGAUUUGGAAGACGAUGAAUCUAAGAUCGCUUCGCUUUAUGCAUUGCUUAAUCUUGGAAUUGGAAACGAUUUGAACAAGGCAGCCAUUGCUAAAGCGGGUACUGUUCACAAAAUGCUCAAGCUGAUCGAAUCUGAAAGUUCCCCAAAUCCACCGGUUUCAGAAGCCAUAGUUGCAAAUUUCCUUGGGUUGAGCGCUUUAGAUACGAACAAACUGUUAAUUGGCUCAUCGGGUGCAAUUCCAUUCUUGGUAAAGAACUUAUACGACCCACAUCAAGAAAGCAGUUCACAAGUCAAGCAAGACGCUCUCCGUGCGCUUUAUAACCUCUCUAUUUCCCCAUCCAAUAUUCCGUUCAUCUUAGAAACCAAGUUGAUCCCGUUUCUUCUAAACGCAUUGGGAGAUAUGGAAAUAAGUGAAAGAGCCCUCUCUAUUCUAAGCAAUGUAGUAUCAACACCAGAAGGUCGUAAAGCCAUAAGCACUUACCCAAAUUCAUUUCCAAUACUAAUUGAUGUCUUGAAUUGGGCUGAUUCACCAGGCUGCCAAGAGAAGAUAUCCUACAUUUUAAUGGUAAUGGCACACAAAUCUUAUAGUGAUAGACAAGCAAUGAUUGAAGCUGGGAUUUCAUCAGCUUUGUUGGAACUAACUCUUUUGGGCAGUACAUUGGCUCAAAAGAGGGCCUCGAGGGUUUUGGAGUCUUUGAGAGUUGAUAAAGGGAAACAAAUCUCGGAUCAUCUUGGAGGAAAUUCUUCUGCUCCAAUUUGUGGUUCUUUAACUUCUUUUACUAACCCAAUUCUAGGGUCUGCUGAAGCUUUGGAAGGAUCGGAUGAUUUGGUUAGUGAAGAGAAGAAAGCUGUGAAGCAAUUGGUGAGGCAAAGUUUGCAAAACAAUAUGAGGAGAAUUGUGAAGAGAGCCAAUCUGCCUCAAGAUUUUGUGCCUUCUGAUCAUUUCAAGUCGCUCACAUCAAGUUCCACUUCAAAAAGCUUGACAUUUUGAGUUCUCAACUACCUGGAAUCAUGGCGUUAUUGAAGAUUCUGAAAUCCACACAAGAUUUGGAGUAUGGAGCUGAUAAAACUGGAAGAGAUUAAAAGAAGAAAAAGAACAAUUUACGUUUUUUGGUCUCUGAGAUUUGGUUUGGGUCUGAGUUUUCAAAAAACUCAAAAUUUUAUUCUUGAGAUUUGCAUUUGGUAGCAUUCGAAGUCCAUAUCAACUUUUCGUCGUCAUUAAUUAAUAGAAAAACUGAGAGAGAUCAAGAAUGCUAUCAAAUACAAACUUUAAGAAUGGUUGAGUAAGAAGACUCGAGACUCUAAGUAUAACCUAAACCAAACUUCGAAACCAUAAAUGUAAUUUCGACCCAAAAAUAAAGCUGAGCAGCACGUAUCUGCACUGCACGAGGUUGGUGAAUGCAUUUAUAGCACUAAAUUUUACUUUCACCUGCUGACUGCUAUGUAUUUUGUUAUUCAAUGCCCUUCCAUUUCUUUCUCUCCACUGCUUUUAAAGCUUCUUUUGACUCUUCUGUUUUUCUUUCUUUGUUUCUCACUUUUAGCAUUUAGUAUCAGGAAAUAUAGCCCAUAUCCUUCUUUGAAAAGUAUGAGUAUAAACCUAUCUGAUUCUUUGUCAAUGUUGGAAAAGUUCUACUACCACAAUGGUACAUACUCUUUCCACUUUCCAUUCAUUAAAGAAGUACUUAGAACACAUAAUCUUAGAUAGGUGACUAUCAUGGAUUGAACUUAUCUCCUAUUAACCUUUAAUCAAACUUAUAUCUUUGAUCCAUUAAGUGUUCCUUUUUUAUGAUGGAAGUCAAUAUUACCGUAAUAUUCAAAUUUUCCCUUAGAAUGAACUAAUGGGACGUUGACACAGUGUCUUCUCCUUUACCUUCCCUACUCACGUGUCAACAAAGACUUCCUUGUUCCUUGUAUUUCUAUAGACUGCUUUUAUGACUUUAUUUAUAUUAUAUUUGAAAAUAAAGUACAAAUUUGGUUCCAUGUCAGUAUGUUUAAGUUUUAAUUUGGCCCAUUUUAGUUUUGAUUUUUUAUUUUUCUCGUUACACCUCUAAAUGUUAAAAGUAAACAGCCAAAAAACUUAAAGAUGCAAAGACAAAAAGAGAGUUUAUGAACUUAAUUUUAAAGACCAAAUAACUACUAAAAGAGACGAACUUAAUUUUAAAGACCAAAUAAUUACUGGAAGAGAUGCGGAAAAGCACUCCCUCCCAUUUCUUACUCGGCCUUACCCCAUCAGUAAUUUGAUUGCUACAGCUAGCCAAAUUAUAGUUUUUUAAAGAAAAAAAAAAACUUGUGAAUUGUACUCAUGCAAGUAUAUGUGUUAAUAUGAUUUGUGAGAUUUGCUUAAACUAUACGGACCAUAUUAAGAAACUUCAAACCCAUGAAUUAUUUUCUUUUUUUCUUUUUUUGGGGGGGCGGUUAAAUGAUUAUGUGGGCUGGAGAAGAGAACAUGUAUGGUUGAAGUAUAGUAUCAUAACAGUGCUUCUUUUAAUGCAAUGAAGUGCUCUUUAUAGAUUUGGCUGCAUCCUAUUUAAAGUUGAUCUGCCAAAACCCUUCAUUCUUUAUUUUUCCAUUUUAACUUUUGGGGUCUCUUAAUUUAGGACUGUCUUUCUAUAGUCUAUAAUACCAUAGGGGCCUUUCAGCACAAAAUAAAAGCGUCACUCGACUCCCAACUUUACUCAAAAGAUUUUGAGUAUAUUUAUUGAAAUGAGCUGUAAUUUCCACAUUGCAAGCUUUUGGUGUUUAGGCCAAAAGUAGAUGGGACUUGCAAUAUUAAUCAGUUGAAAGGUGUAGGCAACAAGUAUGUUUGGGAAUUAUAUGAAAAUGACUCUUUAGAAAGCUAGUGGUAUAGAGCAACAACAAUAACUAUUAUUGAUUUUCGCAAGCAUGUACAUAUAUUAUUCCAUAUUCUUUAUAUAUAUAUAUAUAUAUAUACAUAUAAUAUUCUUUUAGGAUAGGAGUUGUUAUAUCUUUGGCUAAGAACAACCCAUUUGUCUCAUUCUUUUGAUUGUGAAGUUAACCUGUAAACUAAUGAGGAUCAUGGUUGGUAGUUGAGUUCUUUAUGAUUGUCUUAUCUUGUGCAUGGAAAGGAAAAAAGAAUGGAACUUUUUAGAAUUUGACACUUUGUUUAAUUCAUUUAUAUUGGAAGGUUUAAUUUCAAAAUUGAGUUCUUCACUUUUCAACAUUUAAAAUAGAUUCAUAAACUUCCAAUUAUGUGUUUAAUAGGUUCCCUAGACUUUCAAACUUGUCUAGUAUAUAUUAUUAAUAUUCGAGUGUUAUUAUCACGAUGUACGUUAGUUUUGAUUGAAAAAGAAACAAAGAGGAAAAGAAUUUGCCAAAUUGUUGUAGAUCGAUCUAUUUCUCUGUCGUUGAAGAAUGCUUUUAUUGAUUUCUUUACGUUGUUUUGGGUUGAAUGUUAUGUAUGAGAAUUUUGAAACAAAGUUAAAAGAAAUCCACAAAUUUUUUGCAACGGUUGCUUAAAAGGAGAGAAAGUGGGAUAAAACAUUGAUCUAGGAAGAGGAACAUUCUUCCAUCAGCGGAUCGACAAAUAUUUUGAUCGGAGUCUAUGAACAGAUAAAUAUAUUAUCACCAUCGGACCAUAAGGUAUGUAAAGUUUAUAACUCAAUACUAUAAUAAUCAAUGUAGAAAUAUGCUACUGGCUCUUUCGUACACCUGUUUGCAUAAAUGAUAAAUGGGGAUACUCUUCUUUUUCUUUUCUUCUUCUUUUUUUUUUUUUUUCUUCUUUUUAUAGGCUUUUAUUAUUUGCUGCAUAUUCCAUAUGCAUAUAUAUAGACUUUUACUGCAUUAUCGGAUAUUCUCUUUUAUGGACAUUUUACUUUUUGGAUAAAUGAUAAAAAGGGACAAAUAUGCGUUCGUGUGUUAGGAAUGGUUGCGAGAGGAA